CGCCUCCCCUCCCCCCGGUGGCCAUGGAGAAGUUUGGGGUGAGCUUUGGCGGGGGUCCCAGCCGGAAGGACCUCCUGGAGACGGUGGAGCAGCAGCGGGAGCAGCUGGCGCAGUACCAGGCCCGCCUGAAGGACGUGGUCCGGGCCUACAAGGGCCUGCUCAAGGAGAAGGAGGCGCUGGAGGCCAGCCUGAGGGUCCUCUCCGUGGCCCACCAGCCGCUGGACGCCCAAGAGGCCGCCGGGCCGGGGGUGGCUUCCGAAUUCGGCCUGGACGUCAGCGAGGACAGGAGCUCCGGCCAGAGCGAGGAGGACGGUGCGGGGCCCGCGGUGGAGGAGGAGGAGGCGUCGGCGACGGCAUCGGCGGUGGGGGCGGAGGAGGAGAGCGGGAGCAGCGGCAGCGGAGAAGCCCCCGGAGAGGGGGGCCGGCGCGUGCUGCAGCUGAAGGCCCAGCUGUCCACCCUGACGGCCUCCCUGGCCACGGUCUCGCAGGAGAAGUCCCGGGCGGAGGCCUCCUUCCAGGCGGACAAGCGGCGGCUGAAGCAGGAGCGGGAGGAGGCCGGGCGGCGGGCCAAGGAGGAGCGCGCACGGCUGGCGGAGGAGGCCCGGGCGGCCCGGGAGCAGCUGGCGGAGACCAAGGCCCGGCUCCUGGCGCAGCAGCACGACCGGGCCCAGGAGCAGGCCGACCACGCCGCCAUGCUGCGCGAGCUGCAGCGCCUGCUGCAAGGGGAGAGGGCCCUGCGCCAGGAGGCCGAGCGCGGCCUGGAGGAGAGCCGGGCAACCCUGGCCGGGAAGGCGUGCGCCGCCGAGCGCGCCGAGGAGGCCGAGCGCAGGGCCCGGCGCCUGCAGAGGGAGGUGGAGGCGCUGGAGGAGGAGCUGGGGGCCCUGCGGGAGGAGAGCGCCCGCCCCGACCCCCAGCUGCAGGCGCUGCAGGCCGAGGCGGCCGCCCUCCGGAGCCACUUCCAGGCCCAGCUGCUGCAGGAGAUGCGCAAGACGGCCCACGCGGAGGAGCGUGUCCGUGCGGAGGAGGACCGAGCGGCCGGCCUGGAGGCACAGAUUUCGGAGGCCUCGGAGCUCCUGGGCAGCUACGAGAGGGCCAAGCAGAGGGACCAGCUGGCCAUGCAGCGGCUGCGCGAGCGCCUCUCCCAGCUGGACCUGGAGAACAAGACGCUGGCCUUGGCCACCUCCGGCCGCUGCCCAGCGCCGGACGUCGGCCUGGAGGAGGAGAGCGGCCUGGACGCCAACGUGCUCCGGGACAGGAUAGAGAAGCUGCGGGCGCUGCUCCGGGCGGCCACCAAGCAGGCCCUGGGGGAGAGCGAGGGGGAGGGGGAGGAAGAGUGGUCCUUGCGCAAGGUGGCGGGGCCGCCCGAAGAAGAGGCCGACGGGGAGAAGGUCUCCUCGGCCGCCUACUACCAGCGGGAGCUGAAGCGGCUCAAGGAGGAGUUUGAGCACUACAAGCAGCAGCAGCAGCAGCAGCACUGGGCGCAGAAGGGCGGUGGGGGGCAGCCGGCCCCAGGGGGGAGCGAGGGGGGCAGCGGGGAGGGGGAGUUGGCGGAGUUGCGGGCGCAGCUGGCGGCCCUGAAGGAGACCUACGUGGCCCUGCGGCUCUCCCACGAGGAGCAGGCCCAGCGGCAGCGGGAGCAGGCGGAGGCCCAGCGGCAGGAGGCGUCCCGGGGGCAGCAGCGGCAGCGGGAGGAGGUGGAGCGCGCCCGGCGGGAGGCCCGCGAGGAGGCCCUGCGGCUGGAGGAGGAGCUGCGCCGGCAGCGGGAGCGCGCCCUGGCCGUGCUGGCCGAGAAGGAGCUGGAGCUGGAGCGCCUGCGGACCCUGGCCUGGCCCUACGCCGCCGGCCCGCCCCCGGGGCCCCCCCGCCCCCCCUCGCCCUCCCUGCCGCCGGCCCUGCCGGACCCCUCGGCCCCCCAGGAGGACCUGACGCAGGCGCUGCGCCUCUCGGGGGGCCCCGGGGAGCCCCCCUUCCUGCUGUACACGGAGCAGCUGGCCCGGCGGGCGGUGGAGCUGGCGGGGCUGAAGCGGGAAAAGCGGCGGCUGGAGGGGGAGGCGCGGCGGCUGCGGGAGCGGCUCCUGGCGGCGGAGGAGGCGCACCGGGAGGAGCUGGGGGCCCUGCGGGAGCGGCUGCGGCAGAGCGCCCGCGAGCAGGGCCGGGAGGGCGCCAACCUGGAGUACCUCAAGAACGUCUUCUUCCGCUUCCUGACGCUGGCCGAGGGCCUGGGCCGCCAGCAGACCCUGGGCGCCAUCCUGACCGUCCUGCACUUCAGCCCCGAGGAGAGGCUGGCCGUCCUGGGGCCCGGGGGAGGGGCGGGCGGCGGGGGCGCGCACGGCGGGGGGUGGUGGGGGGCCUCCGGAAAGAGGUAA